AUGUCUUACUGGAGAAAGGCCGGUCUUAGCUACCUCAAAUACGCAAACGUUUCUGCCUCGGCACUGCGCUCUGUUCUCAAGGCUGAUGCAAAGAUCAUUGCUAAUCGUCGUGAGGAUACUGGCAUUAAAGUGUCUCUGUGGAAAGAAGGUCGUCAGGGCGAAAGCAUUGAUGUUGAGCCCAUACAUAAAUGUGCUAACACCAUGCUUUAUCUUGUAGAAACUGGUGGUUCCCCUCAAGGUCUAGAUUUGAUUUUGAUAUUUCUUCAUGAGCAAAUCUGUCAUGGUCGAUAUUUUGAAAUAAACUUCAGAGCUUAG